AUGCUUCGCUCCGCGACCCAGGUUCUUGUUGCUCUGCUGCUUGUGCCUUCAUCGGCCCUGCGCGACGACGCUGCAAAGUCCGAGGAGCAUUUGGAAGAUGCCAUUCAGGAGAUCUCCGAUUUGACAGCCACAAGAGGAGUGAAUUUGGUGGCAAAUGUAGGCUUCGACGAGAGGAUGGUCGGGCUGAUCCCUCAAUUUGUUCACGAGUGCGGCUCCAAACCUGACUUCAACCAAUGGGCUGCGUGCGUCGCACAGAAUGCGCAGGCCAUGGACCCGGCCAAUUUCUACGUGGCCAUUGCGGGCAAGGCAGCGAUUCCCAGGACCAUGGGCUCGAGUAUGGCACACUUGAGCAAUCUUCACUUCCAGACCGGGUCGAACAAUGUCCAGGUCUUCAGAUGGCCGUUGCAGAGGUAG